AUGGCGAGUGAAAUAGCGGCCAAAGCACAAAACGCGUUUGUUGAUGAUGAUUUUGAACGCGCCGUUGAUCUCUAUACUCAAGCCAUAAAGCUUAAUCCUAAUGACGCCGAUCUCUUUGCUGAUAGAGCUCAGGCCAAUAUCAAGCUCGGAUACUUCACUGAAGCUGUUGCUGAUGCAAAUAAAGCGAUUGAAUUGGACCCCUCCAUGGCGAAAGCAUACCUGCGCAAAGGUAGCGCAUGCCUGAAGCUUGAAGAAUAUUAUUCUGCCAAAGCAACUUUCGAAAAAGGUUCUUCCUUAGCAAAUGAUGAAAGAUUUUCCACAUUGAUUAAAGAAUGUGAAGAACGUAUUGCAGAAGAAAAUCGUGAUCUUGGUUCGUCGGUGUCAGAUACAGUACUUCAGUCAUCAGAUAGAAAUUCUGGAAAUUUGAAAGUAGCUGUAGAACAAAAGAAUGGAACACAUCAGAGGAAAGAAAUGUCAGCUGUCAACCCGAAGUACAGGCAUGCAUUCUAUCAAAAGUUAGAGGAGGUGGUUGUGACUAUUUUUGCCAAGGGUGUACCUGCUAACAACGUGACCAUUGGCUUUGGGGAGCAGAUAUUAAGUGUUACCAUUGAUGUACCCAGUGAAGAUGUUUACCACUUUCAGCCACGACUAUUUGGAAAGAUUGUACCUGAUAAAUGCAGAUAUGAAGUGUUAUCGACCAAAAUUGAAAUACGCCUUGCAAAAGCAGAACCAAUUCACUGGACAUCUCUUGAGUACACAACAGCAGCAGUAGUCCCACAAAAGAUAACUUCAACCACUGAAUCUUAUAGGCCAACAUAUCCAUCUUCAAAGCCCAAAAGAGUAGAUUGGGACAAAUUGGAGGCCCAAGUGAAGAAAGAGGAAAAAGAAGAAAAACUAGAUGGAGAUGCAGCAUUGAACAAAUUUUUUGGGGACAUAUACAAAAAUGCCGACGAAGACAUGAGAAGAGCCAUGAAUAAAUCUUUUAUUGAGUCGAACGGUACUGUCCUGUCAACAGAUUGGAAAGAUGUUGGUUCAAAAGAGGUGGUGGGUAGUCCACCUGAUGAAUCAUCACUGAGUGCUUUGUUAAGUUGUGAAUUAAACAUUGUGCAUUUGGUUUCCAAGCAUAACAGUUGUAUUAUGUUAUAUUUGUCUAUUUGUUUCAACACAACUUCGAAAACGUAA